AUGAAACAAGCAACAAUAGAAGAAAGAUUAAUAAAUACAACAUCAGACACUAUUGAAAAAACAACAAAAAGAAUUUGUGAUAUAACUGCAGUAGUUGCUGAUGAACAAACUAAAUUAUGGCAAAUAGUUGAUAAGGCAAACCGAGUUCAAAUUCAACAAAAUUAUUAUUUAAAAAGUGUUAUUGAUGAUGAAAAUCAAUCCGUAAUUGAUUGUCAACAUAAAAUGGAAGAUAUUAUCACUGAUAUGGCAAAGUACAGAACUAUAACUUCCUUUACUACCAUGACAUAUACAUUAAACGAUUUAUUUGACUUUAUUAAAUCUAAUUAUAAGAGAUAA